GCGCCGCGCGCGACCAUGAGCCGGGAGGCCAUCUGCAGCGCCCUGCCCACCAUUCCCUACCACAAGCUCGCCGACUUGCGCUACCUGAGCCGCGGCGCGUCGGGCACCGUGUCGUCCGCCCGCCACGCAGACUGGCGCGUCCAGGUGGCCGUGAAGCACCUGCACAUCCACACCCCGGUGCUCGACAGCGAAAGAAAUGAUGUUUUAAGAGAAGCUGAAAUUUUACACAAAGCUAGAUUUAGUUACAUUCUUCCAAUUUUGGGAAUUUGCAAUGAGCCUGAAUUUUUGGGAAUAGUUACGGAAUACAUGCCAAAUGGAUCAUUAAAUGAACUCCUACAUAGGAAAAUGGAAUAUCCUGUUGUUGCUUGGCCACUGAGAUUUCGCAUUCUGCAUGAAAUCGCACUGGGUGUAAACUACCUGCACAAUAUGAAUCCUCCUCUACUUCAUCAUGACUUGAAGACUCAAAAUAUCUUAUUGGAUAAUGAAUUUCAUGUUAAGAUUGCAGAUUUUGGUUUAUCAAAAUGGCGUAUGAUGUCCCUCUCACAAUCACGAAGUAGUAAAUCUUCACCAGAAGGAGGGACAAUUAUCUAUAUGCCACCUGAGAACUAUGAACCUGGACAAAAAUCAAGGGCCAGUGUCAAGCAUGAUAUAUAUAGCUAUGCAGUUAUCACAUGGGAAGUCUUAUCCAGAAAACAGCCUUUUGAAGAAGUCACCAAUCCUUUGCAGAUCAUGUAUAGUGUGUCACAAGGACAUCGACCUGACACUAAUGAAGAAAAUUUACCAUUGGAUAUACCUCAUCGAGCACUCAUGAUCUCUCUAAUAGAAAGUGGAUGGGCACAAAAUCCAGAUGAAAGACCAUCUUUCCUAAAAUGUUUAAUAGAACUUGAACCAGUUCUGAGGACAUUUGAAGAGAUAACUUUUCUUGAAGCUGUUAUUCAACUAAAGAAAACAAAGUUACAGAGUACUUUGAGCACUAUUCACUUAUGCGACAAGAAGGAAAUGGCGUCCUCUCUGAACAUACCUGUAACUCAUGAGCCACAAGAGGAAUCGUGUGGAUCCUCUCAGCUCCAUAAAACUAGUGGUUCUACUGGAGCCUCAAAGUCCCUGUCAGCGUCUCAAGACAGUGAUUUUUUACCUAGAAAAACUCAAGACUUCUCUACGCUGUAUCACUAUCCAGUAAAUCACAGUUGUGAUAGUCACAUUUCUGUAGCUCAAAAGGUGACCUGUUGUGAUCACAGGACCGCCCCAUGCUCUUUAGCAGUAAUAAAUCCACUCUCAGCUGAGGGAAAUUCAGAGCGAUUACAGCCUGGCAUAGCCCAACAGUGGAUCCAGAGCAAAAGGGAAGAUAUUGUGAGCCAGAUGACAGAAGCCUGCCUUAACCAGUCGCUGGAUGCUCUUCUGUCCAGGGACUUGAUCAUGAAGGAGGACUAUGAACUCAUUAGUACCAAACCUACAAGAACCUCAAAAGUCAGACAGUUACUGGACACCACUGACAUUCAAGGAGAAGAAUUUGCCAGAGUUAUAGUACAAAAGUUGAAAGAUAACAAGCAAAUGGGUCUUCAGCCUUACCCGGAAAUACUUGUGGUUUCUCUAUCACAAUCUUUAAAUUUAUGUCAAAAUAAAAGCUUGUAAGUGACUCUCUUUCAAGGAGAAAAGUUA